CAAUUACUAUAUAUUUGGAGUAUUCAUGUUAACCUUUUCUGUACCAAAACAUCAUCUACACUCUCUCCUUUUAUAAUUUUAGCUAGGGCGUUCUUUGUUUUUGCAAAAAUGGCCUCAACUUCAACAUGGACUUGGGAGCAAAACAAGAAGUUUGAGAAUGCAUUGGCUAUUUUUGACAAGGACACACCAGAUAGGUGGAGUAAUGUGGCUAAGGCUUGUGGCAAGACUGAGGAAGAAGUGAAAUUGCACUAUGAAAAAAUAGUGGAAGAUAUCAAAGACAUUGAGUCUGGUAAAAUUCCUUUGCCUAAAUAUAGAGAGGCAAGUGUUGGCGAAACUAGCAAUAGGUACAAUUGCAAGGAUGAUGAACAAAGGAUGAGGUCUCUCAAGCUCAAGUAGAAGCAAGAAAUGGCGAAGAAACUCAAAUGCAGCAAACAAAUAAUUAACAAAAGAAGCAUAUUAGCUAUUAAUAUGUCUUUCUUCUACAGUAUUUAUUUUCAUUUAGUUUUUCAAUGAAUAUUUUCAUAUAAGCAUAUGAUUUUUUUUUUUUGGGUCGUAAUAUAGAAGCAAAUACAUGUAGUACUUAGUAUGUCUCUAAAGGUGACUCAAAGACAUCUUUCAUGUCCAAGUUAAUGAUAUCCUAUAUAUGUUUGUGAAUUAUCCUACAAAUUAGUGUGCAUU